AUGUUGACCAGUGACUCCAGAGAGGCGUUCUACUGUUUCGAACUCGCGACCUCCGUUGGCCACGGGCGGCCGUCGAUCCCUUCCCGCGAUCAGGAGGCACCGUCCCCACGAUUCUCACAACGUUGGAUUUUUAUCUUCUCCUUCCUCUGUGGGUUCUCUUUCGUGACGUCGGCGAUGGAGAAGGCAGUGCUUUUCCAGACCCAACUGGAGGAUGUGAUGGGAGAUUUUGGCUACAAGAAGCCAUUGCUCUGGGCCACGUCGAUUCUCACUGGAAUUCUCAUGUCCACGCUAGUAAGUCAAACGAAAAAACCAUUAAAAAAACGAAGGAAUUUACCAUGGAUCGAUCGACUUGUCGAGCAGGCAUUCGAGUCGAUGAAGGCUUACGGCCCGGUUCUCUUCCCAAAUGCGUACACCAAGCUCUCGGACAAGGACAGGGUCGAGUGGAACAACAGGGCAAUCUCUUUCACGCACGCCGUCGUCGCGACAUUGGUGGCCGGAUAUCUUUUCUUCGUCUCGGACCUGUUUAGAGAAGAGGUGGCGUAUGGGCCUGUUGUGUUCCGGAGCACCAUCUUCACCCAGUUUUUCCUCGGGGUCUCAAAUGGAUACUUUAUCACGGACAUGGCGAUGUUGCUGAAAUAUUAUCCGAACCUGGGAGAGAUUGAGUUUGUUGUUCAUCACGCUGUCUCCAUUAUCUCGCUCUUCCUGGCAGUGCAUAGCGGAUAUGCACACAUAUAUCUAUACACGGUUCUCCUGUCCGAGAGCACGACGCCUUUUAUAAACAUUCGAUGGUACCUGGCAGCGGCGGACAUGAAGAAAACUCGUGCUUAUACAAUCAAUGGCAUUGCACUCUUCGUGAGUUGGCUGGUAAGUUUGUCUUCCUCCUGCUACAAACAAGAAAAAAAAGUGAUUGAAAUAGAUACCAUCGGAUACUAUUUCAUGUUUUUCUCGACGUCUGUAUUUGCUGUGAUGAACCUGUACUGGUUUGAGAAGAUUGCCAGAGGCUUGAUCAAAGUAUUAAAGUCCAAGGAAACUUGA